AUGGUGUAUGGCUGUUUGUACUGCGCGAAGUCCUACCAGAAGACCCUCGCCACUUUGAACUUCGCAGGUGAAAGAUUUUCUGAGAUAGUUGGAAGCCCUUAUUACAUGGCUCUAGAAGUUUUAAAAUGGAAUUAUGGACCAGAAAUUGAUAUAUGGAGUGCUGGAGUUAUACUCUAUAUCUUAUUGUGUGGAGUUCCACCAUUUUGGGCUGAAACUGAACAGGGAGUUGCUCAAGCAAUUCUUAGGGGCGUAAUAGAUUUCAAACGGGAACCAUGGCCUAGUAUUUCUAACAGUGCUAAAAAUUUAGUUCAGCUGAUGUUGGAACCUGAUCCCAUGCUUCGGUUAACUGCAAAGCAAGGCAGUCUUUCAUGA